UUCCUGACUGCCAGAGUGAUUCCUACGGUUACCAAGGGCUGCUUCCUACUGUAGCCUACCGUGUGCUCUUGGGCAAACUAUUUAUAACCUCUGGAUAAAUUAUCAACCACGGGAAUGAUAUCUCCACCAAUAAAAGGUUGAUGUUUCCUCAUCGGGCGCCCCCAGGGUUGCUUUCAAGCCUGACUGCCGACAGCUCGCCACCUCUGUCAGCCUCUUGAGUGAGCCAAUCAAUCGCCUCCAGCUCAACAAGACCGGGUACAAGCUUCCGCUGCGUCCGCCAGCGGUCGAGCCGAGCAGCCUCUGUGUUGCCCCUCAGCCCAGCUGCCUGGGUAGGACUGCAUCACCAUGGACACGGAGUCCACCUACUCGGGCUAUUCCUACUACUCCGGACGCUCACGGGGAUCCCACAGGCAUGGGGAGCGAAGCCGGGACCGCCACAAGUCCCGCAGUAAAGACAGCCGCUCAGAAAAGUCUGUAACAAUUAACACGCCACCUGCAGAGCCGCUGCUGGGCGACUCUGCUGUUCGGGGUGAGCAGGUCCAGGAUGACAACUGGGGCGAGACCACCACGGCCGUCACCGGCACGUCAGAGCACAGCCUCUCUCAGGAGGACAUCGUCCGCAUCACCAAGGAUCUGGAGGACAGCGUGGGGCUGGACUGCCGCCGUUACUUCACCCUGACCCUUGCCGUGAUCCUGGGGUUGCUGGUGUUCCUCACGCCGCUGGCCUUCCUGGUGCUCCCCCACCUCCUGUGGCCGGAGAGGCUGCAGAGCUGCGGCACGGCCUGCGAGGGCCUCUUCAUCUCCGUGGCCUUCAAGCUGCUCAUACUGCUGCUGGCCGUGUGGGCGCUCUUCUUCCGGCCGCCGCGGGCCGGCCUCCCACGGGUCUUCGUAUUCCGGGCGCUGCUUGCUGUGCUGGUGCUGCUCUUUGUGGUCUCUUAUUGGCUGUUCUAUGGUGUGAGAAUACUCGACUCACAGGAUGAGAACUACCAGGGUAUCGUGCAGUAUGCUGUGUCGCUGGUGGACGCUCUGCUCUUCAUCCACUACCUGGCCAUCGUCCUGCUCGAGCUGCGGCAGCUUCAGCCGUGCUUCUCUGUGUGCAUCACGCGCUCCACAGACGGCGAGAUGAGGCACUACAACCUGGGACAGCUCAGUAUCCAGCGGGCAGCACUUGCCAUCUUAGAGCACUACUACUGUGACUUCCCAGUACAUAACCCGGCUUUGCUUUCCGCCUCCAAGUCCCGCGCCGCUAAGCACCUGGCCGGCCUCAAGGUCUACAACGUGGAUGGUGAGUUCCCAGCAGGCCCCGCUGAGGGUCCAGGGAACAACGCAGCAGCAGGACUGGCCCACUCUCAGUCCAGAGCCAUGAUCGCAGCCGCUGCCCGCCGCAGAGACACCAGCCACAACGAGCUGUACUACGAGGAGGCCGAGCACGAGAGGCGCGUCCGCAAGCGCAGAGCCCGGCUGGUGGUGGCAGUAGAGGAGGCGUUCACCCACAUCAAGCACUUGCAGGAGGAGGAGCAGAAGAAGGCUCCGGGGGACGUGAUGGACCCGCGAGAGGCAGCGCAAGCCAUCUUCCCAUCCAUGGCUCGAGCCCUGCAGAAGUACCUGAGGACCACCAAGCAGCAGCAUUGCCACAGCAUGGAGAGCAUCCAGCAGCACCUGGCCUUCUGCAUCACCAACAACAUGACGCCCAAGGCGUUCCUAGAGAGCUACCUGAGCCCGGGUCCGACCCUGCAGUACAGCCGGGACCACUGGAUGGCCCGUCAUUGGACGCUGAUCAGCGAGGCGUCAGUCACCAGCGGCCUGAAAGACGGCACUGUCUUCGUGCUCAAGUCUGUGGACUUCAGCCUGGUGGUUACUUCUAAGAAGAUCCCCUACAUCCAAAUGUCAGAGGAAUACAUCGACCCCAAGUCACACAAGUUUGUCCUGCGGUUACAGUCCGAGACCUCAGUGUAGGACUCCAAGCUUUUUUUUUUUUUAACAAAUUUUUAUUCCUCACGCUGUUUCGUUGCUCUCAAAUGUUUUCAUUUUGGGUUUGCAGUUUUUAUUUUUACUUUUUUUUUUUUUUUUUGUUGGAAUUUUUAUAUAUUAUAUAUGAAUCUAUAUAUAUUACACACAUGUUUGAAUAUAUUGAUCUUUUUAUGUUUGAUUUGGAUGAAAAACAAAAGAAAGAAACAUGAUUUUGACGCAGGAUUACAGACUUUUUAAAAAAAAAAAAAGGUUGUGUGCACAUAUGUGUGAGUGUAUGUGUAUAUGUGCUGUACGUGUGUAUGCAUGUGUGUCAUUUCGUGUCAACACAAUCACUCGUUCUUUUUUACAUUUGAGAUGCUGGAGCCAAACAUGAUGGGAACAUUUGUUUCUGACGAUCCGACGGAGACUUUGUGAUCACUCCUUUAUUUCCACGGGACAGACAGACAGACAGACAGACAGACAAACCACUAAAGACUGCAAUGGUGUGACUUGGAUUUUGAUAUUUGAAGCCUGACGGAAACACAUGACAAAUAUCCUGCCUGUGCUGCAACAUUUGAAAGUAUUCGGAGACUCUUUUUGGACGUCGACAGAUUCGAAUGGAUUUCAUUCUCUCCAUGAACAGAAGGAUUAAUCUCCCCUUAAAAACAAACCAAAUUUAAAAAAAUGAAAUUCAAUCAGACUUUGCAUUAAAUGCACAUUUAUGUAUGUUUAUAAAUUAAAUGACUACGCUUAAAAAGGAGUGGAAAUCUCAGCCUGCUCAAAAAGGAUGUUGGACUACUUUCCUCUGGCCACAGUCUCCUCAUCAGUACUUCAGGACGUCUACACAGCUCUGGACAAACGCUUUUCUUGACAGUUGAGAUGUCAAAUUCCAACCCGUGUCACGUCCAGCCUAAGCAGCACCCUCGAAAGCUAUAUUUAGCAGCCAAAGUGGGACGCUUUGCGUUGUUUUGGGACAUGAGUCUUCUCCAGGUGCAACGGAGCAAAAUCACUUUCCACUCCAGUUGGGAACAACACACACACACACACACACACACACGCUAUGUUUAAAACGCUGCAGUGAACUCAGCAUGAACCAGAUCAUGCAGUAAAGAGAUCCUCAGAGAUGCACACACAUCAAAACAAAUUCCCAAAACAUUUGCCCUGCCUCAUCGGUUCAGUAACCUUCUCAGGUCUUUCAUGUCUGCCGUAUCUGCCUGACGUGAUGGAAAGGGAAGGCAGAGCAGAGUGAAAACAGCCGCGAUGUCUAAAAUAAAAAAGUACUACUGAUUACUUCAAACCAGAUUUCCCCCUAUGUGGGUUACUUCUAAAUAUUUAAAGUAUGAUCUCAUCUAUCAGGGCUUGCACGGUUCGCGUGUAUCACUAGAACUCAUUAUAGAUGACACUGAAUCAACAGUGCAUCAAAAGUGUGAAGGGUGGAACCUCCUUCCCAACUGGACCAUCUGGUUUUCCCCAUGCUACCUUGUCUCGUCAAACAUGCUCACAGUGAAUACCUUGAGGUCAGCUGUGUCGAAUGUUUCGUCACGUCACUGGACUGACUCAGAAGGCAUUUUUCUAACAAUUCAAUUCAAGAUAAUCCUACUAAAAUGACUUGUAAGGUUCUGUCAACACACAAACUUGAAGUGUAAGCCCCCCCUACUGAUAUGGUUAAUUCCAUAAAGGUAAAAUAAAGGUAAAAAAAAAUCAUAUUGAUCUUUAUAACUCACUCAAGAGGCAAAAUGUGUCAUGCUAAUAAUAUCUCCUGUAGCUAUGAGCAGUGUUGUCCCCUACUGCCCCCUGGCUGGUGAACCUGAAAUUGUCAGUUUCAACAUGUUUUCACACAAAACAUAAAGAUACUGUUCAUUUUUGCAAAAACCUUUCACUGUAAAAAAUUGCUAAACCACCUGGACAGAACUCCAAAAGACAUUAUUGCUGUUUCCUACAUAAUGCAGCAACAGCAAAUACCUUUUUUUAACAGCUGCCACUGGUCAUAUUUUGUACCUACUGACAGAUGAACUUUGUAUGAUCCCAAUGUGACUGUGCCUCCUGUUUUUACACUGUAUCUAUUUAUGUAAACGAGCAUGUGUGUAUGUAUGCCAUUCCAGUUCACAUGACCAGCCUUCCCCCCCCCCCCCUAAUCCCCACCACCACCACCCCCCCCUUUACCCCGGUCUCCUCUACAUCACCGUUUGUCACGCUGUUGCCAGGUUACAGUCCUCUGUCAUGGUUUGGUUUUUGUUGGACAGCUUUAUGAUGACGUGACAAUGUUAAGACGUUUCAGUUUCACAGCAUUAGCAUUUGUAAAAGAAGAAACAAUAAACAUUUUUAUGAACAUUUGUAAAACU